AAAUCUAAAAGUUGCCGUGAUUGAGAAUCGCUGCUCUACAGAUUUCAGAAAUCUCUCAGGGGAGAAUUUAGGAAAAGAAUUCAAACUGAAAAACUCUCAAUGGGGGGGGAAAAUAAUAAUAAUAAUAAAUCAGACUGCAAAAAAGGCUGAAGAGAAAGGAGCAUAAAACGACAGCGAGAGACAAAGAAGCAACACAACCACCAUUGCUGUCGGUUGUCCCAGGCGAUCUGGAAAGUACCAGAGAGAGAAUAUGAUUGAAGGUCUCCUGCUGUGAGGUUACACCUUGGCAUCCGUCCCUAACCCUCGUGAAUGGAAAAAAAAAUGGAGGGGAUUGUAAUCGAUCACUCUGCAUGGGGCUGCACCUGUUCCUUUAUAUGCCAGUUGCCCACCUGGACAAAGUCCCUGGCUGGCCCUCUUCCGUGUGGGUCCCCCUCCCCAGAGGAGUAUACAGGAAGGACCUCGGAAAAUUCAGAAGGCUGACGACCUGCAUAUCAGGACAUAAAAGGAGGAGACAGUGGUCCUUAUGACCACAUCGGCCGUGGACCUCCGUCGGAGAAGAAACCAAGGAUGGAAGGGAACUUCUGGAAGACCUGGAUGGUGGUUGGAACUCUUUCGUUCUUUGGGACCUCCUCACUACCCCAUACUAAACCCUUGACCUACAAGGAGGUUGUGGCCCUUGCAGUGGCCAUCUACAAUAGCAGAUCAGGAGAAGACUGUGUAUACCGGCUUCUGGGGGCUCUUGCUGAGCCUCAGUGGGAUCCCAUUUCUGAAAGCCAUCAAGAGCUGAACUUCACCAUCAAGGAAACCAUGUGUCUCUUGGAAGAUGUGGUUUUCUUUGAGGAAUGUGGCUUCAAGGAAGGUGGGGUGGUCAGGCAAUGUACUGGCUGCUACUUUUUUGAUGAGAGGCCCCCAGUGGUUGCACUCACCUGUGUAGUUUUGGCUGGAAUGGAGGAGGAGAAAGGAGAAGA